AUGAGCAACCUCCGCCAGCAGGGGCUGAAGCAGCCCGCCGUGCCGGAGCGCUACCCCCCCGCGGCGGCGGCCGAGCCGGGGGCCGCCAGGAGGCGGGCGGGCGGGCCGCCGGACAAGGCCCCGCCCCGGGUCGACGGGGGGCCGCUGUUCCACGGUCACCAUGACGACCGUCUCCAGGGCCUCGUCCCCGGACCGGAGCCCCGGCGCCCGCUCCCCGGUCUCCGUCCUCUCCGUCAGCACCGCCCCGGUGCUGGAGGAGGCGUCGGGACCCCCGGAGCUCCGGGACGGGACCCCCGGCCGCAGCGUCUUCAGGCUGACCCCGGAGAAGCAGCCCGCCCCGGGCAGGAAGUCCAACAUCACCACCACCGAGGACAACCGGAUCCACAUCCACCUGGGCCCGGCGGGGCCGCGCCCGGGGGAGGGGCCCGGGGCCGCGCCCGGGGGAGGGGCCCGGGGCUGAGCGUCCGGACGCUGGGCGUGGCCGAGGGGAGGGAGACCUCCACGGGGACGGUCCUCCGGUCCCCUCGCCAGGCCGGCGCCACGGCGACAGGGAAGAUGACGAGCAGCAUCACCAUCACGCCCAUCACCUCGGCAACCUGCCGGCCCACGCAGCCGCCGCCCGGCGCCGCGUCCCGGAUCCCGAUGUCCAGGGGCCUGAAGACCUCCGCCAAGGCGGGCGCGGCCGUCGCCACGGUAACCAGGAUGGAGUCGCGCUCCGAGGGUCAGCUGAUGAAGAUCGAGCUGAGGAGGUCGGCCGGGUGUGGCCCCGCCUCCUCGUCGGGCGGGAAGAGCUGAGCGUCUCCGUGGCGACGGCGUCUGGUCACGCGGACGACAAGAUGUCCGCCGGACCCCUCGGGCUAGUGGGCGGGGCUUAGAGCCGACCGCAUUUAGUGGAAUAAAAACCAGGUUAUUUUAUGGAUAUUAUUGUUGAAUGAUGAUUUUUAUCGAUGUUAUUUUAUUCAGCAGGCGAAGAUAUCGACUCAUUUGCAUGGUUUAAGAGGACUCAAAGCACUGGUUAUUCUGAACUACACGUGCCUUGACUGUAAUGCCUUCUCGUUGGGGACGGUCAGCUAGAGUAUAUUUUAAUAUAACUCACAUUUAUACCAUGUGUUUAUUUAUCUGCUCACACACACACACACACACACACACACUUGUGCAGCCCCCCCCCAGCCCCAGGGUCUGUCUCAGUCUGACUCGGGCCAGGUGAGGCUGCUGAG